ACAACACGUUGUUCAAAUUGCAAAGGGUGAACUAUGGAACUGACAGAUGUCGAUAUCUUCAAAGCUGUUCUUAUUUUUAUGUGGAUUGUUUAUUUGUGGGAAGAAUAUUUGUCUUUCCGACAGAGAAAGCUGUACAAGUCAGUGACCAAAGUACCAUCCGUUCUAACAGACGUGUUGGAUCAAGACACCUUUGACAAGGCUAGACUGUACAACCUGGACAAAAACCAGUUCAAAUGUUGGUCAGAUUUGUAUUCCCAGGUGGAAACUACGGCUAUCCUGUUACUUGGUGGAUUACCAUAUCUUUGGAACUUGGCCGGGAAACUCACUGGGUAUUUUAAAUAUGGACCAGAAUAUGAGAUUUUGCAGUCUGUGUCCUUCCUAUUCCUGGCUUCUAUCUACACCACCAUCAGCAGUCUCCCGUGGAGCCUCUAUAGCACGUUUGUUGUUGAGGAGAAGCAUGGAUUCAACAAGCAGACUCUUCCAUUCUUCUUCAAAGAUCUGGUUAAGAAAUAUUUUGUGAUGCAAGCCUUUGCCCUGCCCCUGACCGCGGGACUGAUCUACAUCAUCAAAAUUGGGGGUGAUUACUUCUUCAUAUACACCUGGGUGUUCACUUUUGUUGUGUCUUUGCUUAUUGUCACCAUCUAUGCCGAUUAUAUUGCUCCUUUGUUUGACCGGUUUACACCUCUGCCUGAUGGCGAACUCCGCACAGAGAUAGAAAAAAUGGCUGCCAGCAUUGAUUUUCCACUCAAAAAGCUCUAUGUUGUAGAAGGUUCAAAGAGGUCGUCCCACAGCAAUGCUUACUUCUACGGGUUCUUCAAAAACAAAAGGAUUGUGUUGUUCGACACAUUGUUAGAGGAUUACUCCCCUGUGAACAAGGAGGAUGGAAAAGAGGAGAAAAACAAAUCCUCCGAAGAUACGGCCAAUGAGGAAUGUGAAGAUAAGCGAGAGGAAGAGGAAAAGACAAGCACGACAGAAAAUGAGGAUAGCGGUGGAAUUGGAGAUUCUGGAACUGCCAAUGAGGAUGGGGAGAAGGAAGAACGUGAACAGGACGGAGAGAAGAAACGUGAACAGGACGGAGAGAAGAAACGUGAACAGGACGGAGAGAAGAAACGUAAACAAGGUUGUAACAACGCUGAGAUUCUGGCUGUUCUUGCUCAUGAACUUGGCCACUGGAAGCUCAGCCAUAAUCUGAAAAACAUGGCUAUUGGUCAGGUAAACACAUUCCUUUGCUUUGCGGUCUUUGCCAUGCUCUUCAAACAACAGGCCCUGUACUCAGCAUUUGGCUUUCAGUCACAGCCAGUUCUCAUCGGCCUGCUCAUCAUAUUCCAGUUCAUCUUUUCCCCGUACAAUGAGGUUCUUUCAUUCUGCAUGACUGCUCUUAGUCGACAUUUUGAGUUCCAAGCGGACGCUUUCAGCAAGAGUCUGGGAAGGGCGGAAAAACUGAAGUCAGCUCUCAUAAAGUUAAACAAAGACAAUCUUGGUUUCCCAGUUUGUGAUUGGCUGUUUUCAACUUGGCACUACUCUCACCCUCCAUUACUAGAGAGGUUACAGGCAAUUGACAACAAAAACAAAACCCAGUGAAACUCUUGAUACUUCACUGCACGUUUUCUUACUUCCUCUCAUCAAAUUAGUGUUUUUGUAAGGUAUAGCUUUUAAUUCAGCCCAAAUGAAGCCUUGUAUAUUCAUACACAGACUUUAUACAUACUGUAUACAUGUCAGAUUGUAUGUUUUUAUUGAAUCAUUGUCCCAAGAAGACAUCUAAAGUCACAUAAAAUGUGUAACGGUUGACAUCUUCUUACAUGGUCUCAAGAUGGCGUAAAAAUUUCCCGCGCUAAUGGGAGGUGAAGGGUUGUAGGAAUUGUAUGGAAAUGGUGUUCAACCCUAUACAAAGCUGCAUAUGUCUAACUGGCAGAAAACUGAAAUUCUUCUAGUGCAUGCACUGGUGAAAACAUACAAAUUAUGACAUGUUUCAUUGAAUAAGUGCUUUUGAAGUUGAUGUUGUACAUGUAAUUAUUGUUGUAAAUACUGGAUGUCAUUAAAAUGAAACUUAUCCUCUUUGCAUUUCCAUUUCUUAUAUAUUGAUUAAAUUUUUUAAUGGUGCUUGAAAAUAGAAUUCGCUUUGCUUGUAUUUCUAAAGUUUGGUGCAGAAGAUUUUUUUCCUCUUAAUAGAUGACUUCAGUGAUUUGAAGGAUUCAUCAAAUGAUGCCAGUUAAAUAAACUGUCACACUGGGUAUUGGGUAGUUGGCAGAUAUUUGGUAUGAUAUUACCAGAACAAUUUUAGAGUCACGAGUGAGAAAAGCCUUCAGUUUCAUGACCAUUAGUCCACUAGCCCUCAAAUCCAUGUCCAGUUUGCCACUCAUGAAAUUCUAAGAUUUCUGAUGUUUUUCGCAAGGCCUAAAAUCAAGGGCUAUUUCACUGAUACCACGAUUCUUACAUGCUCUUGUUUGCAUUCUAAGAUCACUGCUCACAGAUGGGUCUUAAAACAGAAAAAUAUAUGACUGACUCCUGUAAUCAAUGAAAUCUGACAUACUUAAUUUACAGAUUAAAAUCAUCUUAAAAUUGGUCACCUGGUAUUUUUUCUCCGCAUGAUUUUAACCCCAGUAACAUAUCAGACGAGUCAAAGACGAAUUAAUUUCUUUUUCUUCCU